AUGAUCCAGAACUCGGCAGAAGCUGGAACUCUUAGAACCACUGGAAGUCCAGAACCAGAACCCCACAGGUCAGAGGUCGCCGAGGAGGACGGAGACGCUGAGCUGCUCCGACGGCAGCUGUCGGCCCGAAUCUGCAGACGGACGCCGGCGGCCUCUGAUGAUGUCAUCGCAGGCUGUGCUGCCCCUCUGAUGAUGUCAUCAGGAGAUGGUCGCCACGGAGACGUAGGACGGCGCCUCUACCGUUACAGCCGAGGGGUCAGAGGUACCGGUCGGAACGGCUACGCCAAGGCGGUGGACGGAGAGGAUGGAGGGGGGGAGGAGAGAGACGCAGACUGGGACGAGCACCUGGACGGCGAGAACGAGGGCGGAGUCAGGAUGACGAGGACCGACACGCUUCAUUCGACCACGAGUUCAACCGGAACACAGAGGAAGAGAGGACAACACGCUAAGAAACAGGUGCAGGGCAGCAACCAGGUGCAGCGAGCCCCUCGAGCGUUAUACUGCCUGAAACUGAACAACCCGAUCAGACGGGCGGCGCUGUCCAUCGUCGAGUGGAAACCAUUUGAUAUCUUCAUCCUGUUAGCCAUCUUUGCUAACUGUGUUGCUCUGGGAGUUUCCAAACCUUUUCCUGAGGACGACUCCAACUCCACCAACCACGACCUGCGUGUCAUCGCGUGUCGGCUGAGGAACCUUUACUACGGUGUUCAGGCUCCGCCCACCCGACUCACUGCAGUUGAAGAGCGGCCUGAGGAACCCGACAACCAGCUGCUGGUUCGAGGGUUCUUCGAGCAUCGCUGUGACCCGAACGUCUACUGA